AAGCUGAUUCGUGUUAUCACCUUAGUUACUGCACUUCAACGAAUUGAUGUAACUUAACAAAUAGACAAUGUAUUUAAGGGGACUUCCAUUUGUUUUUAUAUCAGUCACAUUUUGUGUUUUGUGUGAACCUGGAUACUAAGCUAUUACCAUGAUUGCCACGAAACUCUUCGUAUUCGCUCUCUUUGCCGGAGUAUUGGCUGCGGACGAGAAACCUGUUGCUGAAAUCAUAACUGAAAGUACCAUUGUUAAUCCUGAUGGAUACAGUUUUGAUUUCAAAACCAGCGACGGCAUAUCCAGACACGAAGACGCCAGCCUGAUCACAGUGGGAGACAAGCAAGGCAUCGCAGUUAAAGGCUCCUACUCUUACCUGACUCCUGAAGGCGAAGAGUACCAGAUCACCUUCACCGCUGACGACAAAGGCUACAAACCCACCCUUCGAGUUGUCCCUGCUCAGCACUAAUUUGCCAAUAUUUGUACUUUUGUAUUGUUUUUUUACCAAUUUUUACCCACGUGAUGGUGUAAAUAAAAAGUGUUGAAAGAA